GGACGAUCCCGAUCACUCGAUGAGAUGGUCAGUAAUGGAUGUGACCUUCAUGUGACUGACGAGUGAUUGACGAGACGAGGGCUAUGAGUUUACUGAUCGAUCGCAAGAUUAAAGUCGCAGCGCGUGCGUGGGGCUUGAAGUAUCGAUCGAGGUACUGAUCCACUGGAAGUCACGAGAUCGAACUCAUAAGGAGAAACGAUCAGGGCAGGAUCAAGCACUGAGCGAACAGUCUUCACCUCUGAGAGUUCAAAUUGAUCUCCAUAGAAGGAGCGAAUGGAGAGAUCCAACAAUACAUCAUCACCGAAGGAAAUGAUCCCUGAGCGCAAAUCUGGUCUUUCGCACCACCCAACAUACGCUGUGACGGAUGUCUUCUCAGACCGACUUCGAGCAUAUGACGUUCAAGAUGCAGCGAGAUGGAGAGGAUUGCACGAAAGCACUCCACGAAGUUUGCAGGGCUAUAAGGUGAGAGGCGUAUGGGCUGCGAAAACUCAGUACGAUUAUGAGUCUCAAGGAUCACCAUCUUCUGGCAGAGCCGCUCCACCUAAAUCAGGUUCAUCCUACAAAGAGAUUUCCCCGAGCAUUAUCACAGAGAAUAAAGUUUGCAAUACAGGAUUUUUCAAGUCGUUCAAGGAUUGUAAGGGACCCACGCCCCUACAUACAAGUCGGAAUAGAAGCGGCCUCGAAAGGCCAGAAAAUCGAUUGUCAUAUGUAAGCGAUCGUAGCUGGCGGGCAGGCAUCGGAGAACCCGACGAAGUUUUCUCAACGGGUUGUCCGUUCGGUACUGGAGGUCCUUGGUCGUGGGCUCUUGUCCUUGGACCUGACUCUAGCGGCAUGGUGGACGAGCCACAGUCGACCGUAGACAGACGUGCUAGGGGAGUAAGAGGCCGAUUCAAUGAGGAGACAAAAUACGACGAAACAAGAGACCCCAGGUUGCAGAAUUACGGAAGUAGGACGACCUGGAGCUCGAGUUCCAGGGAUUCUAGCCACGAUAUCGCUUUGAGAUCAGGUUCAAGGAAAUGGGCAAUGGCAUCGACAUACGGCGAGCUCCGAAACCGAAGCCCACUUCCAGAAACUGCAGAGCGGCAGAUUUGGUGGAAGCCAUCGGCUUACAUCGUCGACCCUGAGCCCGAAUGUUGUCCGAUUUGUAUGGAGGAGUUAGACGAGACGGAUUCGUCAUUCUGCUCGUGCUCUUGCGGCUUCAAGCUCUGCCUUUUCUGCCAUCACAAGAUUGCAGCGGAAGAUGGACGCUGUCCCGGUUGCAGGAGCUCGUACGUACGCCCCGAACCCGAUCACAAAUUCAAAUCGCCUGGCGCGUAGGCUCCAGUGGACUUGAAGAAGGGCAAGACAUGUCCGACAACAGUUGUACUAAUUGCAGCGGUUCAAAGGUCAUCCAUAUUUAGAAGGAUGAUGUUCUUGUAGUGCUACAAUAUGGUACGUGACGGUUUGUCGUAACAAAGUGUUUGUGCUCCUUUUUUUAGUGUGGUUUCUGAAUCAUUGAAAAACUCAUGAAGACUGUUAUAUAAAUAAAUCAAGUUUUUAC